UCCAUAAAUACACCAAACAAAAUAACAAUUGCUACACACAUUGAUGCAUGAAAUGAUGGGGCUUAGAGUUUCAUGUGCCUUGGCUCUUGCAGUCUUGUUAACCAUCCUAGGUUUGGCUUGUGUCUCGUCGGCUAAAUCGGGUUGCCCUCCGAAGGUUCGGCCAUCGCCUGCUGGUGUCCCUGUGGUGCAGGCCAAGUGCCCAAAAGAUACUCUGAAGUUUGGAGUGUGCGGGAGUUGGUUGGGGCUGAUAAACGAGCAGAUCGGGGCCAAACCAAGCAAGAAAUGUUGUAGUUUGUUGACGGGGUUGGCCGAUCUCGAGGCUGCAUUGUGUUUGUGCACUGCAUUGAAGGCGAAUGUGUUGGGUGUUGUCAACCUUGAUGUGCCUAUUGCUCUUAGUUUGCUUGUAAAUUCAUGUGGGAAAAGUAUCCCACAAGGAUUUGUUUGUCCCUAGAGAAGUUCUUUUGUUUGCUAUUCAAGUUGUGUUUGAUGCUUGUGUUCUUUGAUUGAAUCAAAGUGAAUGGAAUUUCAAGGAUUUUUUAUUUUUUUU